CGUCGGAGGGAGACGCGGUGGUCAAAGGGCGGCGGGGCGGGGCUGGGCUUUGGCUUGCGCUCGCUGCUUUGGCCGCCUCCAAAGACCCGGAGAGGCCGCCUGGAGUCCCGGGAUGGGCCUCUGCUUGCCCUGCCUGGGCGGAGCGGCCGACAACGUGGUGGAGACCCCAGAUCCCGAAAUGAGAAGAAGACAGCUUGCGGAAGCUGCAGAAAAGAGACAAAUGGAGGCUGCUUCUCGAGGUAUUAAGAAUCCAUCUUCAGUGGAGCAAAAGAAGAAAAAACAGGAGGAAAUGGAGAAGCGUCUUGAAUCCACAGGCCCUGGACCAGAAGGAGGCGGACUAAGAUGGCAAGUUGGAUAAGUUGAAUCUCUACACAUUUUCUGAAGAGAAAUGACGAAUGUCUUACUGCCAAUACCUUGCCAAGUUUCUGCAGUUGAGUGACACUUGUUUGUUUUUUGUCUUUUUGCUGUUGUUUGCCUUUGAAGACGCAGCAGUAACUUUGCCACUGUAGCAAGGCAAAUAAAAGAUGUGCACUAAGGAUACUUCCAAACCAAAACCUCACACUGUACAGCUGGGAUGGCCAAAACCAGGCACUUACUAGUUAUGCUGCCAUAUUGUAUAACUUUGCAUGUCUUAACUUUCUUGAGCGGGUCAGAAUGUAGAAGAUACAUGAAAUGUCCUAGCCCUAAUUGUUAUGGGAAAUGCUUCUGCUUUUGCAAAUGGCCUUAGAUAUGUAAGUUGUCCACCUUCCCUCCUGGUGCCAAGACCUAAUCUGGGGUUCCCUUGCUCUGGGCUAAAGCUAGCAGUCUUGUCAGAAAGUAAGGAUUAUUUUUUUUAGGGUCGAAGCUUUUUGUGCCUUCUGGGUGGUGAAUUCCCAUAUUUAAUUAAGAUGUUGCCAUGUACUUAUGAUUAAACCUUGUAAAUGCUCUUUCUGUGUGUGGGGAUGUAGAAAUACAGGGAAAGAUGAACCGUUAAUUUUUUAACAGAACAUACUUCUGCUUUACCACAUUAAGUAUACAUUCUGAAAGAAAGUACCAUAUUAGGGAAGGAACCUAUGGUGAAGUUUCUGUCUUUAAAAAAGAUCACUGUAAGCUUACUCUUAUACAUUCUGCAAAUUAACUUCUGAAAUUCUUCAAAUGUAACAAAUGUUUUAAACAUUAAUAUCCAUGUAUACUUAAGUUCUGAUAAAUAUAUUUAUGUGAUUUAUCUCCCAGAUUUUUCUUAUUUAGGAUAUUUGAUGGUUACUCACCUAACUGCAGCUCUUUCUGUCCAUCUUUUUCCUCUCUGAUUUUCCCUAUUUGUUAUUUGUUUCUCUCUUCUUUCGCUGAAUGUGUGGUAUAUAUAUGCACAUACAUACCCAUCACUGGAUAUUUUGGCCACCAGUGCAUUUGAGAAUGGUGAUUAAUUGGUGACCAUCCACAACAGAAUGGACACUUGGUUGAACAGAAUCCUUCACCAAUCCGUGAGCCGCCUUUGCAACCCAAGUUUGAGCCAAAGAGUUGAGUGACCCUUUGGAGCAUAUUUGAAAUAAACAGAUGAAGGGAAAUUCCUACUAUACAGAGUUCAUACAAUAUUAGAUUAAUAUUCCCAGACAGAUUUAGAGACUGGAAAUAUAAACCAGCCUCUUAGAGAUGAUUAGGGAAUGAAAUCAACUGAUAGUGGAAGAAGUGACGCUUUUGCUGAUUUUACCAUUACUUUUUCUGCUAAAAAUAAAGCUGGCAAUUUCUUAUUUGUCCCCAAGGUGGCACACUUUCUCUUUUUAAAAAAUGGCCUGAGGAAGAUGUUUAAAACAAAAGCCUAAUAGCUCUGUCUGUAUUAAAUGCAAACUUGCUUUUCCUUUGUUUGUAUGUGCACACAAUAUGCCUAAUGAAUGUACUGUUAUUUAAAUUUUUGCUCCCCCUCCACUAUAAUCCCAAAGCAUUGUAAUAGGCACAGACACUUUGUUCAAUUAAAAUGAAAAUUCAGAUUGGACUAAAAGCAGCUUAAAAGGAUCCCAGGUUUCUGCCUUGCUAACCUUCUAAGUGCCCCUCCCCCCCAAAAAAAAGAAAAAAAGAAAAGCUAAUUUUUGUUAGCUGUGUUGUAUUUAUCCAUGUUAUGUUCUUUAGCAUUCGGAGCUAGGAAGAUUUAUCUUCAUGGUAAUAAAACAAUAGCACUGUUUUUAUGUUUGCAGUUGCUACACUUAACCCAGCUGUGAAACUUCAUGAAUUAUGACCAUCUUGUUUUUGUUCAUUAAUCCUGAAGGCUAAACUUGGAAGUGGAUGUGAGUAGGCAAGCAACCCCAUUUCCACAUGCUCAGAUACUGUUAGAUAGCUUUAUGUUUAGCGUGAAAAUUUGAAGGGGAAAAAAGGUUUACACUGAGAAAUGGUGGAUUUUGUGUCAGUGGGCUGGUGAGCCAGGCUUUCAUCUGAUCUUUAAAGAAACUAGUCGAGAGGCUGAACCAUACCCCACUUUGGACCUCUUGUUGAAAGUCAGGCUAAAAUCCAGAGCACAUUAAUUUCCCCACUGAAAUGGGAACCCUUAGCUGUUGUUUCCCUUGUGUGAUUUUUUUCUGAACAAUGCCAAUGUUUCUUAUCUCAUAAACGGUUAUACACAAUUGUUGAUGUUUUUCAUGUGCUACAUGCAUAAAUAUCUGACAGCAGUGGGCCUUUUAUGCAUGGCUACAACUCUUCUCUUUUCUAGCCCUUACCAUUAAUGCAGUUGGACACUUUUCUAAGGGUGAUCUUUCCUAUUUGGCUGGAAAGAAUACAGUGCUGUUUUAAACUAAUCCACUGAAGUGUGAUUUUUGUUAACAUCUCAAAAGGAUUGUGACCUUGUAAAUAUUAAUGCCUCACACUUGAUAAUUAUGGACAUCCGUGUCACUAGCAUUCAUAUACCAUAUUGUCUUACUGUCCAAUAGAACACCAAUGUACCAGUAAUGUGGAAUAACAGAAGUUUCUAAUGAUGUAAAACAUGUUUCAGUGGGCUUUUGCAGUCAGACAUUAUAGAGUGCCAAUUUGGGAAUGUAUUUGUUUUGGUAUUUUUAAUCCUACCAUUAGCUUUUAGAAAAUUGAUUUAUUUUGGAUUUAGAUCUCAUUGUAACAUUACUUUUGCACCUAAUACAUUGGUUUACAGCAGGUUUCCCCAAGUUGGUGCCCUUCAGAUCUUCCAAACUGAAAUUCCCAGCAUUUUUGGACAUUGGCCAUGCUGGUAGGCAUUGUGAAAGUUGAAAUCUAAAUUAUCUUCAGCUUUGCCACCCAUAAAAAGGACGUAUAAAAGAUACGGUCAUUACAGAAUUGGAAAUGCUUUUGCGUAGGCACAUAAAUAAAUCUUAUGCCACCCUCAGCUAUUUUCCAGCAAACCAAUGACCAAUGGUUUCAGAACACACAGGCUUUGUUUCUGUGCAUAAAGAUCUUUAUUUUAGAGCAAUUAAUACUUGUAUUAAUUGGCAUGGAAACUGAAUGCAAUAUCCCCGUUGUACAAAAGCAGACAUUGGGAAAUAUCUAUACUCAUGAGAUAAGUUCUGUUAGAUUCUGUGGGUUUUCCAUGUAACAUCUAUUGGAUUGCAUAGUCCACAGCCAGUGGUAGCUGAUGAUAGAAAUUGUACUCUAACUUUUGUAAUGCAGUGAUAGUAAUUUUCAAAGAAGUAGCCAUGACAGCUAAGGGGGCGGGGGAGGUGUAGCAGAAUUUAUAAGAAUGAUUUUUUAUUUUCAUGGCUAUAACCCCAUUUCUUCAGAAGCACUCUGUACUGCACUGAAAAUGUGCAUACUAGAAUAAAAAGGUAGACUAAGGAUGCUGCCACAUUCUUUUUUUCUUGAAAUUCUCAAUUUUGUGUGCAAAGUAUUCCAUAUCACUGGAAAGAAAUAAGGGAAUUGCUGCCUUUGUUGGGCUCCAAGCUAAACAGACGUCUUAGUAGAAAUGGAGGAAAGGUUGUUAAAUAUCUAUAGCACCAUUGCCCAAACUUUUAUCUUCCAAAUAAUUUUGGACUUCAGCACCCAGAAUUCCUGAAUGUUGGCCAAGUUGGCUGGGGCUUCUAGGAGUUGUAGUCCAAAAUGGCUGGAGUAUCAAAGUUUGGGAAAAACUGAUUCAUAGCAUAUAUUUAUACCAUUUGUCUUAGGAGUAUUGCUUAUGAUUCAGUAAGAGAUAGUGUUGAUAGAGCCUUAAUCCUGAAACAACUCUGGAAUCUGACUAGCUGAUGUAAUAAGUCUUUCUGAAACUACCAUGUUGCAAAUAAUAAAAGUUUUAAGACCA